AGAAAAAAAAAAUUUCUCUGUUUCUGUGUGUGUGACUGUGAACUGUGUGUGGUGUGUGUCUGACACUAGUCUCAGUCUGUCACACUACAGUCUCAUGAGUCUGUGCUUUGCUGUUGCUGCUUGCCAAAAAAAAAAAAAAUAACAAUAACUAGACUCUAAAUAACUUUUAUUAUAAUUGAAUCAAUACACUGUCAAUGGGGGGAAUGUGACAAUUACAUGUACUACGAUGUAGAUCUGCUCUAUGAUUCGAUCAAUUCGGUGUGAACCUGAACUGAAUCAGUUAAGGCUAAGGCACCAAAGGUUAUUGUCUUCUAAAAAUUAUCAAAGUAAUAAAGAGCAGCAACACAUCAAAUUUUAACUUCGACUUUACCAGCAGUCCUAAAUCAAUAUGAGAAUGUCAAAAGCUAGCUAUCUCAUCAAGAAUUUAGGCACCAUUAUUGUACCUGCUCUUCUGUUUUCACUUCUGGUGUUUCAGUUGCACAGAUGUAGAAGCAUAUUAGCCCUGAGAAACUCAUAUUUGUUAGAAACUUUGCCUAGUCCUGUUGAAUGGAUAUGGGAUGCUUUAAGUGGUUUGCAUAAUGAAUACAUCUUUGGUGAUCAAAGACUAGAAGAGAAACAAGCAGAUGCUGGGGUUGAAAAUGCUGUAUCACAGUCUGAUCAUCGCCACAGCACUUUGUUACCCAACGUGCCUUCACUGACAGUUCAUUAUCUUUGGUGCAUUGAUGCACAUUUUGAGAUGAGUCACUAUAUUCUUAUUCUUAGUGUCAUUCAUCAGCUGAGACCAGAUAAAAUAAUCAUCCAUUAUCGAACAAUGCCACGACCUGAUCCACAGGGGUACUGGCAUUGGUUAGAGGAUCUUCAAAGAAAUGUGAUAAUGCUAAGCCUGCGCCCACUGAAAAAUGCCAAAUAUUGUAGUCAUGAUCUAUCUGCAGGUGUGUCUCAAGAUGACUAUGACUUUACAGAUCCAUUUGGUGUAUUUAUUUUAGGAGAUAUUGCAGUUACAAAUCUGAGCCGGCUAGAUGUGGUUGCUUCAAUGUUGUUGUCUUUUUCCAGUAAAGAUUUUUCCAGUUUACACAUAGUCUCAGAAGAGGAGGAGCUAUUAAAAAGUCAGUUAUUUCUUGUUCCCGCAAAUGAGCCAUUUCAUAUUAGCCAAAGCCCUGGCAGAGUGGUAUUAUCAUGUCCAACUUCUGCCAUAGUGGACAAAAUGAAGACAGUUUCAAAUGUCACUUGUGUAACCAUGGACACAAACAUUAAUUUUGAUUUUCUUCUCAGGGCUAACUCAACUUUUUAUCGAUUUGCUAGAAGCAUGAUAUAUGGCUCACCCAACCUAGUUCAGAUUAGGAUGAGUUCUCACAUUCAAAUUCCAAACAUUGUUCAUAUUAUCUUAGUUGACGGGAUUGGGGAAGUAACGCCAUUACUUUAUGCAAGCAUCAAAAGUGCAUACAUCAAAGGGCAAGUAGAUUAUGUGUAUGUGCAUGGACCAAAGCCACCAAAAGGAAAAUUAUGGGAUAUGCUCCAUACUCAAGAUGAACUCAAAGUUCAUUACAUUCCUAUAGCAGCUGAAAAACUCAUGUUAAAAAAUUCUGCAAUGAAUUAUGGUCUAUUUAUCCUUCUGCAAUAUGGAGGUAUGAUGCAUUUUGGUGAUGUUAUCUUCAUGUCACCAAUACCAGAGGACAUUAUGCACUCCCCAGCAAUAGCCACACUUCAUUACAGUCAGUAUAGGUUGCGACAUCGCUCAACUAACACAGCAUUCUUAGCUUCUACUAAAGGCUCUAAAUUUAUUGAAUCCAUUCUUGUUACUUUAUCUCAAUCUGAGAUAUCUUGGCCUGAAGCCAGGGCAGAUGAUGUUGCCACCCAUGUGGGUGAACUAUACCCAGACUCUGUACUCUUGGAGGCAAAGCUUAUAUCCCACUUACAAUGUACACAAACUUGCCAGGUAUCUGGGGGCCAUAGUUUUCCAGCAUACACAGUAAGAAUGAUAUGGUCAGACAAUCCACCAAGUACUCUAGAUGAGUUGAAGCAUACAGAAGGACCUGCUAAAAAUGAUGUGAAACAAAUAAUAGAAACUGUCCAUCUUAUACAUAAUAAAAUUUUAUGAAACUAGCAAUUUAUGUUGAUAGAAAAAAUAAGAGCAUACAAACACAUCAGACCCAGGAAACAAAUCUGUAAAAACAAGAAAAUUAAUUUAAAAAAAACAACACUUUUCAUCAUUUGUCUGGAUCAUUCUGGAAAGGUAAAGAAAGAAAAAGAAGGGGCUGUCUGGGUAAAGUUAAUAUGAUUGCUUUUUAAAUGCAUUUUUAUUUUUUUUAAAUAUGACUUGAAUUCGAACUCACUUGCUAAGCCUCCUCAAGCCAAUACAAUAACCACCGUGCCAGCAUAGUGCUUAUGAAAAUAUAAGUUUAGUUUAGAACUUUUAAGCAACGCCUCUAGACACAAAGUAUAAAGGGGAGUAAUUCAACUUAUACAACCACAUGUCAAGUACAUUUUCCAAUUUCAUUCCCUUGUUUGAUUCUUGUUUCAAUUUAAUCUGAUAUUGUACCAGACAGACAGAGUGAGUUGAUUUAAGCUUUGUAAUUAAAACUUUUUUUCUAAUAGGAAGAAAAUUUAAACAAAGCUCUUCAUUCAGUAUUACUAAGACAGGAAUAAUUGGUUUCAUUACUCUGAGGAUCUGUGCAUCACUACAUGAUCCUCCUUAAGCUUGUUUGUUAUUUAUUUCUAUCCCUAACAAAAAUAGUGUUGCACUCUUUUUUCUGAUGUAAAUCAUAUUUUGUAGUCUAGCAAGCUAAUUCACUUUUUAAAUUACAAACUACACGAAUUUUGUCUCUAACAUUCCUGAUAAUGUGAUAUAUUAAAACAGCCAGGUGAUUGAAAAAUCUAUUUUUGUUGGCAUCAAUUUUUACUAGUUUAAAUUAUUAAAUUACACCUUUUCUGUGACAAUAUGCGUGAACAAAGACUUAAUACUUUGGUUUUUCUAUUCUUUAUCCGCAUAAAAUAUAUCCAUUUUAUAUAGAACAAUGCAUCUGCAACACAUUUGCCACUGUGGUAAUAAGUUACCAGUACUGUGACUAGUAUAUGUACAAAUAAUAUUUUUUCUUUUGUUUGAUUGUUAAUUGAUGUAUUCCAAAAGAUUGUAUACAAUGUAUAAAUUACUCACUUAUAUAGAUCAAUGAAAGUUUGCCAGGAAAUUGGCAAAAGUUUUGGAAACACUCUUGAAGCUCAUUUUCUUGAAAUGUAAUCUAAGCAUUGAAUAUUUUAUUCAAAAGUUGAGCUAUAUUUUAUACUUGUGACAUGUAUAUAUAUAUCAAUAUUUAUUGUUAAUAAAGUAAUAAUAAUAUUUCUACAUCUUGUCAUGUUCUGUUAUAUUUCAAGAUAGUAUAUUGUUACAGUUAUGUUGUGCCAUUUUAUUUAACUAUAUUUAUUUAUAAUGGUUUUAAAUUUGGUUAAUGAUAUUACAUGAAAAAAUGUUUUAACAUGUAUAUGUUGAAAAUAUUCUUAGUUAAAAUAUCAUAAUGAACUUAGUUUUUUAAAUACAAUAACUAGAUUUUUGCUUUUACUCUUUCUUAAGUAUACGAACAAAUUGAAUGUUAGGCAUCUACAGAGACAAAUAAUUCAAAGUCCUCACAUGAAUGUUUGUAACUAGGCCUAUAUCUCUAUUACAUUUCUAGUUUUACAAGAAUGUUACAAUGUCAGUUCCUUUAGUAAUUUUUAUUUCCGAAUGAAAAGAAAAAGGAAUAAAUGGGCAUAGCUACAUUUUCUUUCUAAUGUAGCAUAAUGUUAUAAAUCCAAAAAAAAAAAAAGUUUUUUCCCUUUUUAUUCCAUUUUAAAGAUCACUUAAAAAUUGUCUUUUUCUUUAAGAAGCAUUAAAUUUUUUCAUAUAUAGAAAAUAUAUUAAUUUAUUUACCAGUAUUCUUUUGCUUCAACAGCAUAAUUCGAAAUCUGAUUUUUUUUUCAAAGUCUUUAGAACUUGACACUCGCUCAAACCAUAUAAAAUCAUAUAUGUAAUGUAUUUUUAAUCUGAGUUUUUUUUUUUUAAUUAAGCAUUCAUAAUCUUUCAUUAGUAGUACAGCUACAUACAUUUUAUUUUUUUAUACUUAAAAUGCAUUAUAACUAAUGUUCUACAAUUUUGAAAAGUAACUUUUAGAUGUCUGAUCAUUGUACAAAUCAUUUCAUUUAUUUAUUGAUAUUUUUAUUAUUAUCAUUUCAAUAAACCUAUUUUGUAUCUGAACUUAAAAA